UCAUCGAUGUAUCAGAAGUCCAUGGCAAAUCGGUCCAAUCGUGUUCGCUCUUCUUCUCAAUCCCUGACCAUGAGUUCCGACGACGACGACCACCCGAAGCUCCCUCACGACGUCGCCGUCGAGAUCCUGAAGCGGUUGCCGGUGGGAUCUCUCCUCCGAUUCAGGUGCGUUUGCCGGUCAUGGCGUUCCACCAUCGACGACCCUCGUUUCGUGGCCCUCCACUUGAGCCACUCCGCUCUCGAUGCCUCCAAUUGGCAUCUCGCGUGUGUAGAUUUGUACGAUCCUGUCCAGAGCCUGUGCUCUCUGUUUUCCGGCGAGUCUCUUGCUCGGCCUUCCCUGUCACAAAUCGAAAUUCCGUUUGCUGCUCCUCCCAAUUGCUACGGCUUCGUUGGUUCGUGUAAUGGUUUGAUCUGCGUCACAGAUAUAUCCGAAGAUAGGUGUGGCCGGACGAUGUACUUGUGGAAUUUAUUCACCAGAAAGCACAAGGCGAUUCCGGAGAGUGACUUUCUUUCCAUGGAGCAUGUUCAUAUAGUUCUAGGGUUUGGCUUCGACGCUAGGUGGAAUGACUAUAAGAUCGUGAGGAUUAUUUAUUAUCCAUAUGAACAUCCUCAAGGCUUCGGCAAGAUUAAGCCUCAAGUCGAUAUUUAUUCACUCUGGACAGAUUCCUGGAGAAGUUUGGAGUGUGAGGUUCCUACUUUUUGCAGCGACAGACCUCCGGCUUUUUCGAAUGGGAAUCUGCACUGGUUUGUUUUCAAGCACAAUGAUCUGCAGGAGUAUGAAUAUGGAUCAAUACUCUUGUUCGAUGUAGCCAGCGAGGUGUUUGAUGAAAUGGCUCUUCCGGAAAAGCUUUUGCACGUGGUUAGUGUCGGUUUAGAUGUGUUUGUGUCCGUAUUGAAUGACUUGCUGGCUGUGAUCAUUCUUCAUGAGAACGCAUUUAGGCAUCCUGAUGUGCAUUGCGUUAGUUAUGUUUGGGUUAUGAGAGACUACGGCGUGCCUGAGUCUUGGACGAAGCUGUAUACUUUUAACCCUAGUGCACUGGUAACAGGAUUUGAUUGCUUCACGUGGAAUGGUGAGCUUCUGAUGCUAAUAAGUGGUGGAGAACGAGUUUCUUGGAAUCCGAUCACUGGACAACUCGCAAAUUUUCCAUUGUCAAGGAGAUGUGAAUUGGUCACUGUCGUGGAGAGCCUCGUUUCACUUUAGAUAUGACUCAAUUGCUACUACACUUUAGAAUGCUUAUGCUUUUUCACUUUUAAGUUUUU